CCAAUUCCAUAAAAUGGUUCUCUACGCCGCCAUGAUUCUCAGACCCUGCAAUCAGUACUAGUUCUCGAAUAAGUUUGUCACUGUUCCCAUUUUUAAUUUGCAUUUUAGCCUCCAAUGGGUGCGUAGGAUAACGCCUACAUCACGUCAGUAGCGCACGAUAGCCUCAAACCAUCUCGGUGAUGCUCGCUGUACUCUGCGCUCGCUCCAAGCCCAGAAUCCUCAGCACCUUCCUUUCCUCCUUCGCCCACGCCUCGGCGGUUCACCACAACUACCCCCAUCAGAACAACGGCCGGUUUUUCUCCGGUCCGGUUCUAUUCGGCGAUGACGUCGGCCGCCGUCGCCGCCACUCCAGCGCCUGCCAGCUCGGCGCGUCGUGCGGCGGAGCGGCGUCUAUCUGGCACGCCAUCCUGCCAUCGUCCGGCGCUGGCGGUCGGAGGUUCGAUCGUUGGAGGCUGCCGGCGAUCCAUUUCGAGCUCCUGAAGGGGGAGGGCUCGUGGAACGCCGCGGUCGACGCUCGCCCGGCGCGUUGGCUCCACCGCGCUGACUCCGCUUGGCUUCUCUUCGGCGUCUGCGCGUGCCUCGCGCCGGCGACUCUCGACGUCGUCGGUGGUGGCGAUGGCGAGGACGUGAGCUCCGAGACGCCGGCGGUUGUUUCGGAACAGAGACUUGUCGUUUCUUCCGCCUCAGAUGGGUCGUUUUCCGGUGCGAACAUCGAUAGCUCCGCCGAUUAUAGAGUUACAGGGGUGCUAGCGGAUGGUCGGUGCCUGUUUAGAGCGAUAGCUCAUGUGGCUUUCUUGAGGAAUGGGGAGGAAGCUCCUGAUGAAAAUCGUCAGAGAGAACUCGCUGAUGAAUUAAGAGCUCAAGUUGUGAAUGAGCUCUUAAAGAGGCGUGAGGAGUCGGAAUGGUUUAUUGAAGGUGAUUUUGAUGCAUAUGUGAAAAAUAUUCAACAACCUUAUGUUUGGGGUGGAGAACCAGAACUGCUCAUGGCUUCUCAUGUUUUAAAGACGCCAAUUUGGGUGUUCAUGAGAGAUAGAAGCACUGGGGCUUUGGUGAACAUAGCAAAGUACGGUGAAGAAGAGUAUGGAAAGGAUGAACAGAAUCCCAUCAAUGUUCUGUUUCAUGGGUAUGGUCACUAUGACAUCUUGGAGACUCCUUCGGACAAAAGCUGUCAGAAAACUGCAUGUGUACAUGGUUGAUUUUGGUUCGUUUGAGAAAUAACUAGAAUAAAUCAAACUCACGAUAGGAGAGUUUCCACAAAUUGGCAACCUGUGUCAAGUUCCAAAAUACUUUUCUGCAGUGACCUGCACUCAAGCAUUUGGCUUGUUCAAAUUUUUGCAGAUUUCUCAUUUUCUCCAAAGAAUUUGGUAUACACAUUGACCUGAGUACAACUUUAGGAAGUUUCCUGGUUAUCUUUCUAAUUAUCAGUUGCAUUCUCACAUUUUCUUUUCACCUCUUUUUGGGUUGUUUUGCACAAUUUUAGUUUCUAGGAAUCACUUCUUACUUUCCCUCCAGUCCAACGCGGAUUGAAGAUGCGACUAGCAAAAAUUCAGAAACUCGAAACCGCCCCCACCUGCCAAAGUAGGUGGCGGGUUGAAAAACUGCCUAAAAUAGGUGGAUGAUGACAUGGCCCUGUUUGGUUGGGCGGGGGCGGGGUGGGUUGUUUUAACGGUUUAGCAGGUUUGAUGAACACCCCUUAGUCGGUGGAUAGCAAGAUUUUCAUAUUUCUAAAGUGGGCACUGCCCAUUGCAUUUGCAGCAUCGUUGAUACAUAUUAAUGGGUCUGUUUACCCUAUAGCAGUUGAAAGCAGUACGGUGGAAUUUAUUCUUUAAAAUGUGUCAUAAGGUGCUAAUAUAAACGAAUCAAUGAUAUAUUCUAUGAAGUUUUU